AUGAAGGUAUCAGUGGUCUUGCUAGCGGCCUGCGCUGCUCUUGUUCAAGGACAUUGCAUCUUCCAGAAAGGCUCCGUAAAUGGCAAAGAGUACGGCUCCCUCGCAGGUCUCCGAGCACCCAACCAAAACAACCCAACCGAAGACGUAACCUCCCAAGACAUCAUUUGCGGAAAAGUCGCAACAUCCUCCCAGGAAGUCAUCACGGUCGCCCCCGGAGACAAGAUCGGCUCCUGGUGGCAACACGUCAUCGGAGGCGCCCAGUACCCCGGCGACCCAGACAACCCAAUCGCAAAGUCUCACAAGGGCCCCAUCACCGCCUGGCUCGCCAAAGUCCCCAGCGCUUCCAGCACCGGGAUCACAGGGCUGCAAUGGUUCAAGGUCGCCGAGGAUAAUCUGGACACGAGCUCUGGGUUAUGGGGCGUCGAUAAGAUGAUCAACAACGGUGGCUGGAGCUACUUCAACUUGCCGCAGUGCAUUGCCCCGGGGGAGUACCUGCUGCGUGUUGAGUUGCUGGCUCUCCAUUCUGCUCAUCAGUUGAAGGGUGCGCAGUUCUACAUUUCGUGUGCGAAUAUUAAGGUCACGGGCUCUGGAAGCUUUUCACCUAGCUCGACUGUGAGCUUUCCGGGCGCGUACCAGCAAAGCGACCCUUCGAUCUACAUCAACAUCUAUGGUACUGGUGGUCUUCCAAACAAUGGGGGCAAGGCGUACUCCGCCCCUGGACCGAGACCGAUUACAUGCUAG